CAGAUGGAACUUUGUUUUCCAUUUGUCGUAUCUCAUGUGCGUUUAGGGUAAAAUAAGGGUAAACUGCUAAUGUAAAACGGGAGAUAAAACGCAUUCACGCGCACACACAAGGAGGCACGCACGCACAAGCACAUGCAAAGAUGUUCCUCAAAGUUAUACCCAUCACUUCUCUUGAUUCCUAGAUCCUCAAGCGUCCCAUGCUGGCCCUGCGCCAGGAUUGAGUGACUUCAUUUUGAGAAGACCACGGCAGGCUGGGACGAAGAGCCGGCAGCCCUCCACUGGACUAUGGGAGCUGAAGGCCCGUGUGCUGUGACUCUGACCCCCGCGGGCACCUGUGGACAGGACCAGGACACGUGCACCUACUGGGUUCACCUGCCGCCCCUCACUGUUCAGCUCCCCAAACAGCUGAAGGAUCUGGACGAGAUUGUGAAGGAGAUCCAGAGGCUGAAGGACACAGUGGAUCAGCUCAGAAGGAGCUGUGGGGAUUGUACAGGGAACCAGAAUGAGAGAGGAGAGGAGGCGACACCGAGGGACCGAGAGAGGGGUAAGGAUAACCACCCACAGCAGAGCUUGGCGAGAGUUUCAGAGACAAGGAAUAGGACGAGGGAAGAGUGGGGAAUGGACAAGGUGGAAGAUUGGGUGUCUGGAAACACAGACCCAGGCUGGGAAAAGGCGUUGGAGGACAGAGGCAGAGAGAAAAUAGUAGACCAGCGAGGGAUAGAUAAAAUCGUUAAGAAAGAGAGAGAGAAAGAAGGAAGUGAGGAAGGAGACAAGGGAAAUAAAGGUGUAGAUAACAGCAGACAGACAGGACAGGCUGUCGACCGGAGUACAUUUAGAGAGAUAAGCGCCCCAGCUGGCAGCAGAGAGGAUGAGGUGAGGGGAAAGAUAGCUGGCAAAGAGAAAGACAGAAGAAAAGAGGUAGAAACUGAGAAAGAGGAAGAAUCCGUCCAAGGAAAGGAAAUGCUGAAGAAUAUGAGGAGGGAUGAUGACAAAGACAGGGAGGAAAUGGGGACUACAGGGAAUGGUGGGCAUCUGUGGAGCGAUCCAAAUGAGAUGCAGAAAGAAGGAAAGCCUUCGGGCAAGGUCUGGGAGAGGGAUGAGGCGCGGCCGAGAGAGGACCGUACCGUGACCAACACACCGCCACACCGCCAAGAGAAAGAAACGGGACGGGAGAGAAACUAUGACAAACCAAAGCUAGAUGACGUCACUGGGAGGAACAAGGAUGAACAUACAACAAAGAGUGGAGGAGAGGGGGCUGGAGAGAAGCUGAAGGAGGAAAAAAAAGAGGGUGAUAAUACAGGGCUGAGAGGACAGAAAGUCAGCAAGACACCUAGAUCUGAGCUAGUCACUCAACGUACACCUCAGGCUAAGACACCUAGAUUUGGACUAGUCCCUCAACGUAAACCAGAGACUUGGACACCUAGAUCUGGACUAGUCCCUCAACGUAAACCUGAGACCAAGACACCUAGAUCUGGACUAGUCCCUCAACGUAAACCUGAGACUAAGACACCUAGAUCUGGACUAGUCCCUCACCGUAAACCUGAGACUUGGACACCUAUAUCUGGACUAGUCCCUCUUCGUAAACCUGAGACUAAGGCACCUAAAACUGGACUAGUCCCUCAACGUAAACCUGAGACUAAAACACCUAAAUCUGGACUAGUCCCUCAACGUAAACCUGAGACUAAAACACCUAAAUCUGGACUUGUCCCUCAACGUAAACCUGAGACUAAAACACCUAGAUCUGGACUAGUCCCUCAACGUAAACCUGAGACUAAAACACCUAGAUCUGGACUAGUCCCUCAACGUAAACCUGAGACUAAGACACCUAGAUCUGGACUACUCCCUCACCGUAAACUUCAGACCUGGACACCUACAUCUGGACUAGUCCCUCACCGUAAACCUGAGACUAAGACACCUAGAUCUGGACUAGUCCCUCAACGUAAACCUGAGACUUGGACACCUAGAUCUGAAAUACAGAAUCAUGUUACACCUGAAACAAAGACCCCUCGAUAUGGACUAAUAACUCAACAUAAACCUGAGACUAGGACACCUGGAUCUGGACCAGCGAAUCAAGGCCCGGGUCUACUUCACAAGCCAGGGGAUCUUCCUCCCUACAAAACUAAAGCAAACCGGUCCACAUCCGAAACAAAACCAGGACUAAGAAUCCAGACACCAAGGAAAGAAGGGACGAUCCCAGGCACUGAGACUGACUUGAAGACCAAGGAAUGGUUGCUCAUGACCACAUCGGCAGCUAGCUCAAUGAGGAGAACUGGACAGCCAGGGACUGUAGCCACUUCCACCUUGAAGCCACAGGUUAGCUCCUACAAUAGCAUUGGUUCAGCAUUUGAGGUUCUGACACCCUUUUACUCUAGUCAUAGUUUGCCCACUGUCUUGAAUUACAAGACCACCACCACAAGUCCUUUCACUACUACAGUGAAGACCCUCUUAAAAUUGAAACCAGAUCAAGGGCCAAAGUAUAUCAAAAGCCCAAACAACAAUCAAAACCUAAACAGGGACAUCCAAAAAAAGUAUCCUCUGAUAAUAAGAAAGACAAAAUCCCUUUCCCUAAGGGAGAGAUGGAAAGGAAACGCACAAGGCCGGCUCCCACUGAUCUAGAUUCCAACACACUAUCUAAUUCUGGCAAAAAGUCUGCAGUCAACACCAAGCCUGUUCUGGGCUUACAGCCAGCCUCCCAUCCAAAGCCUAAGCCUCCGUCUAAGAAUCCAAAAAUUCAUCUGAAUCAUUCUACAACUAAUUUGACCUCAAACCAAAGGCCAAAAUCUGACCACAAAAAAGAAAAACCUGAUAUCGACCAUUCAACAAAUAAAAAGCCCCAAAAUAACAAAGGAACUAAGCCUAACCAAAGUCCUAAACUAAGCCGUGGACCACAACAUAAAAAAGAUUUAAAAAGUUCUACACCAAAACGUAAGCCGGGAAGUGUAUUAGAGUCUGAUAUUGGUAAAGAUAUUUCGCCUGAUCCGGAUGCUGACCCAGAUCUAAUCCUUUUAUCGACCAAAAAGUCGAUAUAUAAUUCAGGAUCAAUUGCACCUGUCACCGAACCAAAUCGGCAAAUACUAGUUGAUGCAGAAUAUAAUCAAGGCCGGUCACUAAUAGGCCCCAAUCAUAAUCUUGAUCAUGUGACAGCACCGCCAUAUCCCAAACCUGAUCCAAAAGCCAAGAGAGGGUCGGACAAAGUCCCCAAAGAGAAGCCUCCACACAGACCCAGGACAGACGGAAGUGAUGGACAUAAUCCCGAAAUACCAGCAAGGUUCAAACCAAGACCUGUAGUAAAACUUAAUCCACACGACACAGGAAUGAGUUCUGACAAAGUGAAAAGGAUCGGACCCACUGCCAUUCCUGUCCGCAUUGAUGUGGAAUCAUCCCAAGGCAACAUGGAAGUUUCCACCGGGAAAAUGCGUAUUUGCACACAGAGCCCAGAGACCUCCACUAGUCAUUAUGCACAGGGGGUGACAGUCUCCGAUUUCAAAUCAAAGGCAACUACCCAAUCAACUACUAGCCCAAGGCUGAACUACAUACCUGAAGAUAACGUUCCUCUGAUAGCAUCUACAGAACCAAACGCAACAGCUAGCUCAGACACAACAGAACAGCCCGAUGUGUCUGCUAACAGCUCCAUAGAGAAUGUCAUCCCCCCUCUCAGCCCGGGACAAACCAACCCACGACCCGGGACCAUUCCCACUCCCAGCCCGGGAGAUACCAACCCAGGGUCAAAGACCACCCCCAGGCCGGGAGAUACCAACCCAGGGUCCAAGACCACCCCCAGGCCGGGAGAUACCAACCCAGUGUCCAAGACCACCCCCAGGCCGGGAGAUACCAACCCAGGGUCCAAGACCACCCCCAGGCCGGGAGGUACCAACCCAGGGUCCAAGACCACCCCCAGGCCGGGAGGUACCGACCCAGGGUCCAAGACCACCCCCAGCCCGGGAGAAACCAACCCAGGGUCCAAGACCACCCCCAAGCCGGGAGAUACCAACCCAGGGUCCAAGACCACCCCCAGACCGGGAGGUACCAACCCAGGGUCCAAGACCAACCCCAAGCCGGGAGAUACCAACCCAGGGUCCAAGACCACCCCCAGACCGGGAGGUACCAACCCAGGGUCCAAAACCACCCCCAGGCCGGGAGGUACCAACCCAGGGUCCAAGACCACCCCCAGGCCGGGAGAUACCAACCCAGGAUCCAAGACCACCCCCAGACCGGGAGGUACCAACCCAGGGUCCAAGACCACCCCCAGGCCGGGAGAUACCAACCCAGGGUCCAAGACAACCCCCAGACCGGGAGGUACCAACCCAGGGUCCAAGACCACCCCCAGGCCGGGAGAUACCAACCCAGGGUCCAAGACCACCCCCAGACCGGGAGGUACCAACCCAGGGUCCAAGACCACCCCCAGGCCGGGAGAUACCAACCCAGGGUCCAAGACCACCCCCAGACCGGGAGCUACCAACCCAGGGUCCAAGACCACCCCUAACCCAGGACAUUCCAACUCAUGGCCUUGGACCAGCCCUACAAUCAUCACCAAACUAGGACACAAUAUCCCAGGACGAAUCACCACCCUAAGCCCAGGAUACAAUAACCCAGGUGACAGUUACAAAGGUGAUAGUAACCCAGGUCAAAGUAUACAAGAGACAAUUAACCCAGGCUACACUAACCCAGGCCACAGCAACCCAGGUCACAGUAACGCAGCUGACAAUACACCAGGCCACAUUAACCCAGGCCACACUAAGCCAGGCCACACUAACACAGGCCACAGUAACCCAGGCCGAAGUAACCCAGGUGAAGAUAACCCAGGCCAGAGUAACCCAGGUGACGAUAACCCAGGCCAGAGUAACCAAGGCAACAGUAACCCAGGUGACGAUAACCCAGUCCAGAGUAACCCAGGCCACACUAACCUAGGAGAAUCUAGUAACCCGGGCCAUACUAACCCUGGCCGCCGUGACCCAGGCCACACUAACACAGGUGGCAUUAACCCAGGCCACACUAACACAGGUGGCAUUAACCCAGGCCACACUAACACAGGUGACAGUAACCGAGUCACUAUCGGAGGCGGCAUUAACCCAGGUCUCCAUAACCCAGACCUCCGUAACCCAGACCUCCGUAACCCAGACCUCCGUAACCCAGACCUCCGUAACCCAGACCUCCGUAACCCAGACCUCCGUAACCCAGACCUCCGUAGCCCAGACCUCCGUAACCCAGAACUCCGUAACCCAGAACUCCGUAGCCCAGAACUCCGUAACCCAGAACUCCGUAGCUCAGAACUCCGUAACCCAGAACUCCGUAGCCCAGACACCCCUCACCCUUUGCCCCGGCCUGCCCUCCCGCCCAGUCCAGGACGCACCAACCCAGGGCUCACCCUCACCCCCAUUCCGUCAACUACUCCCAGUACACGUGAAAUGCGGGUCAAAAUCAACCAGGUGGUGGCGUUCCCCGAUGCCAGCCUGCAUGUAAAGCCCCAGAAUGAGCUCAUGGAAAAGACUCCUCCAAAGGUCAGCCUCAAGCAGGGAGGGAAAAAGCCCCACUCAACAGAUGGCCGGCACCCGAUGUUCCCAUCAUCAAAGCUACCCAGGGCACCCAGGGACUGUUCCGAACAUCUCAACAGAGGGGAUCAAACAACCGGCCUCCACCUGGUGACCCCUGACCCCAGGUUGAGCACCUUCCCCGUGUUCUGCGACAUGGAGCACCAAGGUGGAGGUUGGACGGUCAUUCAACGACGCCGGGACGGUAGCGUGAGCUUCAACCGGACGUGGGUCGAGUACAGCGAGGGAUUCGGGGAAAUGAACGGAGGAGAGUUUUGGCUGGGCAAUGAGAAGAUCCACUUGUUGACGCGGGCCAGGGACAUGGUUCUCCGAGUGGAGCUGGAGGACUUCGAAGGGUUGAGAGAACACGCCGAGUACGGGAAAUUCAGGGUGGCGAGCGAGAGGCAGCGCUACCGCCUGACCGUAGGGGGUUAUUCGGGGUCCGCGGGCGAUGCCCUUAGGUUCAGCAGAAACUACGACCACAACAACAAGGCGUUCACCACCCUAGACAGAGACAAUGACCGAUACCCGUCUGGGAACUGCGGGGCGUACUACAGCUCAGGGUGGUGGUUUGAUGCCUGCAUGGCAGCCAACCUCAACGGAAGAUAUUAUGUAGGAAAGUAUAAAGGGGUCAGAGAUGGGAUUUUUUGGGGGACAUGGCAUAACAUUUCAACAGAGUAUUAUCUGACUAAUGAUAGGCAGUCCUUUAAAACGGUUACAAUGAUGAUCAGACCCAAAGGGCAUGAAUUGUGAAAUGGGCCUAAUCGUUUUAUAAGAUUUAAAGUACGACCUUUCUACCACAAAUUUCUUCAACAAGCUAUGGCUAUAUUAGGUGAUUUAAAAGGGCCUAUAUCAUACACCUACAUUUUUCAUCCAACACAGUCGAUACAAUGCUUCCCCCUCCUGGCAUGAUAGGGUAUUUCAAAGGUUUAAGUGCACUGUAUAACGAGUAUAAACUGAAUUUUGUAAGUAUUUAGUCUACUUUAUUUUUCUCAUGGAUUAAAUAUUAUUUUCAUUUUAAUGUUAUGUAAAGAAAUGCUUUCGGGGGUGGAUUUUUGUAAUGGAGAACUGAAAUUGAACAUUUGUCAGUAAAUACGGACGGACGCAAACCUCAGGUUAUUCUCUGAGGAUAAGUAAGACUGCUGAAUUGAAUUACUGGAAUGUUUUGAUGUAUUAAAUGAUUUAUGAAUGAUGAUUUAUGGCCUACACUUUUUAUACAUUUAUUUUAUUAUGAUAUAAAUAAAAAUAUA